AUGAAAAAUUAUUCAUCUUAACCAUAAUAAUCUAGUGGAAGAGUUAGUUUGCCAGAGAAUCCAUAUUCUAUAGAUUUUAAGGCAAAAAAGAGUAAUAGCAAAAUUAUGAAGACUGAAAGUACAACUACUACAGCCAAAAAUCCAAAAUAAGACUUAUUAGAGUACUUUAAAAAAGAGAGAAAUACUAUUACAUAAGUCUCUAAUAAUAUCAAGUCUUAAUUGUAACAAAGCAGAAGUAUUGAUAAUUUAAAUAGUCAGAAAAGUGAACGAUUAAAAAUAUCAAAUGUAAUCCAUCUAUAUAAUUUAGCGUAUCCAAACAGAGGAAAGUAAUUCAAAUAAGAAAUCACUUUUAAAAGGAAAGAAUCUCUCUCUUGCCACACUACAAAUUGAAACAAAACAUUCAAAAAAUACUAUCAAAUAUAAUAAUAUAAUGAAGAUGCCUUAAAAUAGCAAAUAAUUACCAAAAUCUACUGUAGACCAAUAUUUUCAAGAUCUUUAAAUAAAGAGUGCUAAGGAAUAAAAUAAUAUAUAGCCUAUUGACUAUUAAUAAUAUUUUACAAUUAGAUAAAAUAAGUAAUCUUUACUGUAAGAUUCUCAAACAUUAAAGUACUCAAUUGAAUAGAUUCUAAAUAAAAAUAAGAACUAAUUCCAUAAAAAUAAUACUGAAGUGAGAUCCAUAAAUCAAUCAACAUAAUAAAGAAGUGAUUCAUUAAAAAAAAAUCUUAGAGAAGAAUCUAAUCAUUUUGAUUCAUAAAAGUAGUUAAAGAUUAUUUUAGUUUAUAAAGGAUAAAAGUAAUUACUUAUUUAAAUACAAUAGAUAUCAUUAUCAUUAUAAUUUCAUUGGUUAGACUACUGACAAUUUAUACAAUUAUUUAAUAUAAUAAAUUGCAUGCAUUGAAAAGUCAUUUAUGAAAUAAGGAGGAGGUACAGGAUCAACAGAAGAAGUCUAAAUUUAAGAAGGUUUAAGUAUAAAUUAUUCAUAGAAAUCAAUAAAAUAUGUUAAUUCUAAACAACCUAAAAAAACAUCCCUUAUGAUUAUUAUCUAAAUAUGCAUAAUUUACCUUUGAAUGUAUUUUAAGGUAUUACUCUACAAUUAUAACCUUUGAUUUCAUAACCUCUUCAUGGAAAGAAAGUAUCAUUAAGAGACUUCACUUUGGUUAAGUGUAUUGGAGUUGGAGGAUUUUCAAGAGUAUAUUUAGUAAGGAAAAGAGACAAUGGGAAAUUUUAUGCUUUAAAAUUGAUUGACAAAAAUUUCAUCAUGGAAAACUAAAAGGAAGUAAUAGUCUAAAAUGAAAGAGAUAUUAUGGUUAAUAUGAAUAACGAAUUUAUUACUCCUUUACAUUUUGCAUUUGAAACCAAAUAUUAUAUAGCAUUUGUAUUGGAUUAUUGUGCUGGAGGUGAACUAUUUUAUCAUCUAAGAAAAUUAAAAAGAUUAACUGAAGAAGAUGCAAAAUAUUAUUUUGUUGAAAUAUGCAUAGGAAUGGCAUAUUUACAUUCAAAAAAUAUAGUUUAUAGAGAUAUUAAACCAGAAAAUAUACUUUUAGAUUUAAAUGGACAUCUUUUAUUAAGUGAUUUUGGAUUAAGCAAACCAAAUAUGUCCAAUGAAGAUUUAGCCUAUUCUUUUUGUGGAUCUCCAGAGUAUAUGGCUCCAGAGAUGCUCAUGAAAAGUGGGCAUAAUUAUUUAGUUGAUUGUUAUUGUUUAGGUGCUCUUCUAUAUGAAUUAGUUACAGGUUUACCUCCUUUUUAUUCACAUAAUACUCAGGAAAUUUAUACUUCCAUCUUAUCUGAACAAGUGUAAUUCCCUCCUUAUGUUUAAAUAUCAGACCUAUUAAAAGAUUUAAUUUACUAACUCUUGGAGAAGGAUCCACAAGAGAGAUUGGGAUAAUCUUAAGGUAUAGUUGAAAUCUUGAGUCAUCCUUGGUUUGCUGAUAUCAAUUUUGAAGAUAUAAUUAAUAGAAAAAUCAACCCUCCUUAUAAACCAGAACCACUAAAAUACAAUUUUGAUGAAGAAGAAUUUAAUAAAGGUGAUUCUGAAUUUAGGAAAUAAUAUACAAUUAAUCUCUAAAAAGAAUAUGUGGUAUGAAUUCUAAAUUAUUUAGAAUACCGAUAAUAAUCCAAAUUUUAUAUUAAAAAACUUUUACUUCUCUAGAGAAGAUCUUCCUUAGAAACCUGGGCACAAAUUAAAUAGAUCUAAUCAUGUCAAUUUAGCUUAACUUAAUGAAGAGAUUGUACCUAAUUCUGAUAUCAAUUCCCCAGAAAGACCAAGAGUAUUAUUUAUCUUUUUUAAUUUAUUAGUAAAUAUCUCCUUAAGAAGUUAAAAGAGUACCAAAAUAUUCUGGUAAAUCUGAAGUUUCAGAUCUUUUAAAGAGGAAUGAAUUUUCAAAUAAAUCUGCUUCCUUAAUCUAAUCCUCCAAAAUUACUCAUGCCUAUUCUAAGACAAUGUAAUAAUAGAACUAAAAUCAGGAUAUCAAAGUAAUACUCAUUAUAUAUUUUAGGUACUCAAAUAAAUUCUAGAAUCAACAAAAGGUCAAAUGAGUUCUGAAAGAACUGCUACUAUGCCUGAUUAAAACCUUCAUAAAAAUGAAAACAAUAGAAUCAAAACUGAAUAGUUUGCUUAAAUAUUAUACCCUAAAACUACUACAAAUUAUUAGUUUCAUAAAAAUUCGAAUAUGUAAAAAUUAUUUGGGUCUGAAAAGAGAUAAAAAUGA